UCAGUUUCUGCCUCCAAAUUCCCAGCUUAGCUCUGGGGUCAGGGCUUUGGAUCCAGGCUUUCAUCUUUCUCUUUCUUUUUUUAUUUGAAAUUCAAAUCCUGUUAUUGAUUAGGGAGAUCACGCAACAACAGCUGAAGCAAAUGUGCGAGUCGAGUGCAAUAAGUAUCAUAUAUUACAGGUUAUAUUCACUUGUCUUGAAGGUAUGGUCUAGACCUUAGAGGCUUAGCUAUGCUAUUGUUUGAAGCUCAGUUUUGGUUAAAUUGGAAGAUAAAAGUUUCCGUUAGUUUCUUUGAUCAAUGAGCUUGCCUGGGUUCUUCAUUAUCUGUAUGCUCCAUUCCCUAGUUGCUAUUAUUUCUGGAGCUUUAAUGAUGUUUUACACCAAGGAAAUCUCAGUUUUUGGUCACGGUCAUGACAUUGCAAGUAAGCUACAAGGUUCAACACCCCAUGAUCAACUCUUGAUCCAAACCUCUAAUUCAUUUUCUGGAUUGCUUUUAUUCACUAUUGGUUUUGUAUUGUUCAUGGUGGCAUUUGUUAAAGAUAGAGAGUUUCAAAGUUUCUUUUCUAAAGGUUGUGUACUUCUUCAUGUUUCAACGGCUAUUUGGAGAGUUUCUUUUGAUGGAAAGCUUGAGGAUCGUGCUCAUGAAUGGCCAAGACAAGCUCUUGGGCAUAUCGCCUUGGCGCUGUCCUGGGUGUUCCUUCUUGUAUAUUCAUGGAGGGAGAAGUAUGAUUAGUUAGGUUGAAAAGAAAGAGAACAUGGGAUUUUGGCAAAAGGGAAUUUUGUUGACAGGAAUUUGAACAAGAACUGAUGCAAAACUGUUUGUUCAGCCAAAAAGUUGGAUUUCUGGAAUUUUAGUCCAAACUGAAAUGUCAAUCUUGAAGCCCAAGAAAGUUGUCUAGGGAGAACCGAUGGAGUUCUAAGGAAUUUGCAAACUGCUUGGAUCUUGCUCAGGAUCUUGAACAUGCUUAAGUUCAAAGCUAAGUGAAAAGGAAUCUGACAUGAGGGUGGCAUGUUUGCUCUCAUUCUGGAAGUGUGAAUAUGCUUUUACCUUCUAACCCUGAUUUUGGGUGCCCUGGAUCAAUGUAAUAAAUUUCCAUAUAAUUUUUGCUAAAAAAACAAUAAAAAAUGCAAGCAAUUGCUGUAUUUUGUUGUAUCAAGCUGUUCUUGUUGCCUAUUUGAUCAACAUGUCAAAGUAAGAAAUGGCUAGUUGAUCGACCCAACUGAUUUCAUUUUGAACAAACGACACAAAUUUACAAAAACUGAAACUUUUUGUUUAAGAUUCUACGUACUUUUUAUUGAUUGCUUUAAACUUGUCAUGAAUUGAGGAAGCUAAAAUAUCCUUUGCCCUGCAACAUUCAGGGAGCUUUGAGGGUUCUGUUUCUGC